CCAAACCACCACCCUCACCCAUACUUCUUACAGGCAUAUAUCCGGCAAACAUGCCAGCAAAGCUAACAAAGAGUUCGAGUUCACAGAGUGACUCGGCCAAGAAAUCUACAGGAAAGCAAUCGACCCUUCUCGGAUUCUUCAACAAGCCACCGGCGACACCUCAGAGGAGUAAUGGCGUGAUCGAGCCGAAGGAGACGCCGACACCGACGCCUGCGAAAGCAGCUGGAAAGAUAUUGCCUGUUCCUAUCACGCCAGUUGCGACAAGUAUGGACGUGCCGACUACUACUCCUGCAGAGAGGGAGCCGCCUUCAUCCAGUCUUCCCCCUCCGAGUUCGCCUACGCGUGGCGGAAGGAGAAAUGUUAACUAUGCUGAAUCGGACGACGAGGAUGAUGACGAAGUGAUCGGGGCGAAGAAGAAGCCGGCGGCGAAGAGGAGGAAGACCGUUGUGGAUGAUGACGAUGAGGAUGGUGACUUUAACAUGGAAGAUGUGGAUGUACCAGAGGAUUUCGACGACGAUAUGGACGAGUUUAUAGAAGACGCUACUCCGCAGAAACCCAAGGCAAAGGUGGCAGCGACGCCCGCGAGUAAAGUGUCAUCUCUAUCAAGGUUCAAUUCAAUACCAGGAAACUCGACACCAUCCGCACGCACACCCAAAGCCUCCACGCCAGCUUCGACUGCCUCAAAACGAACCUUCGCAACUCCUGCCUCCGCCAAACUCGACCGUCAAAAGUCCUUCAAGGAGAAAAACGAGGAACGAUACUCCUGGCUCUCCGACCCGAGGGAUACGGAGGGUCGCCGUCCCACCGAUCCGGAGUAUGAUCCUCGUACGCUCUUUGUCCCUAAAUCCGCCUGGUCCAGAUUUUCUCCUUUCGAAACUCAAUUUUGGGAGAUCAAGAGUAAGCUUAUGGAUACCGUCGUCUUCUUCAAGAAGGGCAAGUUUUACGAGUUGUAUGAAAAUGACGCCACGAUUGGACACCAAGAAUUCGACCUUAAGCUCACGGAUAGGGUUAAUAUGCGGAUGGUCGGCGUUCCGGAAAAGUCGUUCGAGUACUGGGCUGCGCAGUUCAUUGCAAAGGGGUACAAAGUUGCGAAGGUGGAUCAAAUGGAGACAGCACUAGGCAAGGAAAUCAGAGAUAAGGAUAGCGGGAAGAAGGAGGACAAGAUCAUUAGGCGAGAACUGACGAUGGUCCUGACGGCCGGUACGUUGGUCGAUCCGAUGAUGUUGACGACGGAGGCUUCGACGUAUUGUAUGGCGAUCAAGGAACACUGUGAUCUCGAUAAUCAGCUUCCGACGUUUGGUGUCGUUUUUGUCGAUACCGCGAACGCCGAAUUCCAGAUUGCUGCGUUCGAGGAUGAUCUGGAUCGUACGAAGCUCGAGACACUCAUUGCACAAGUCCGCCCACGGGAGUUAUUGUUGGAGAAGAGCUAUAUCACGCCACGGACAAUGAGGGUGUUGAAAAAUACCGUGUCGAGUGCGUGUAUCUGGAACUACAUCAAAUCCGAACGCGAAUUCUGGGAUGCGGAGACGACGCAGCAGGAGAUUAUGCUCGGUGAUUACUUUCCCUCUGGGGAUGGAACGGAUGCUGGUGCUGUCAACGCUUGGCCGGAGCCGUUGAGACAGAUUAAGGAUGAUGUGGUUACGAUGAGUGCGUUUGGUGCCUUGUUGUGGUAUUUGAAGCAGUUGAAGCUGGAUAAAGAGGUGGUCAGUCUGGGCAACUUCCAUAUCUAUGAUCCGGUCCGAAAAGCGACUUCGCUGGUCUUGGACGGGCAGACACUGGCUAAUCUGGAGAUCUUCGCGAAUACGUUUGAUGGAGGCGCUAAUGGUACGUUGUUCAAAUUCCUGGAUCGAUGUGUUACACCAUUCGGCAAGCGUCUUCUUCGGCAGUGGGUUUGUCAUCCGCUAUUUGCGGCAGAAAGCAUUAAUGCACGGCUCGAUGCCGUUGAUUUACUGAAUGGGGAUAUGGACCUCCGUGACGGCCUCACAGACAAAUUACGCGGACUCCCCGAUUUGGAGAGAUUGAUUUCACGUAUUCAUGCUGGGAAAUGUAAGGUUCAGGAUUUCGUGAAGGUGCUUGAAUCGUUCCAGGUCGUUGCGGAUGUUGUUGCGGAGUUGAAGGGGGUGGAGGGUAUUCGAGGGAGUGUCAUCGGUGAGCUGGUUGAGGCUAUGCCGGAUAUUCAGCCGAUGCUGAGGACGUGGGAGACUGCGUUUGAUCAUGUCAAGGCGAAGGAAGAGGGGUUGCUCAUUCCUGAGCCUGGGGUUGAAGAGGAUUUCGAUGAAUCCCAGCGUACGAUCUUGGGGCUCAGGAGCGAGUUAGACAAGCACUUGGAGAAGAUCAAGAAAGAGCUGGGAUCAUCGAAGAUCUGCUACAAAGACCUCGGAAAGGAGAUCUUCCAAGUCGAGGUGCCUGUGAGCAUCAAAGUACCCUCAAGUUGGGCCCUCUUAUCUUCGACAAAGGCCGUGAAGAGAUGGUGGCCUCCGGCUGUGAAGGAGAGUGUGAAGCACCUGCUUGAGGCGGAGGAGAGGCAUAAGGUGAUUGUGGAAGGAAUGACAGGAAGGCUGUAUGCACGUUUCGAUGAGCAUUAUGCAGAGUGGUUGGGGUGUAUCAAGGGGAUUGCACAGUUGGAUUGUUUGUGCAGUUUGGCGAGGAGUUCGCUCGCGCUCGGUGAACCUAGUUGUCGACCCGAAUUUGUGGAGGUGGAGGUUGAGGAAAGGGGUGUGGUGGAGUUUGACGAGUUGAGACAUCCGUGUGUGGUCACUGGGAUCGCGAGUUCGUUUAUUGCGAACGACACCAAGUUGGGUGGGGAUGAGGCGAAUUUGAUCAUGAUUACUGGACCGAAUAUGUCUGGUAAAUCGACGUUGUUGAGGCAGACGUGUAUCGGAGUCAUUCUCGCGCAGAUUGGGUGUUAUGUCCCCGCGGCGAAGGCACGAUUGACGCCGGUUGAUCGGAUUAUGAGUCGGUUGGGUGCGAACGACAAUAUCUUUGCUGCGCAGAGUACGUUCAUGGUCGAGUUGGCCGAGACGAAGAAAAUUUUGUCGGAGGCGACGCCAAGGUCAUUGGUCAUUCUUGAUGAAUUGGGACGGGGAACGAGUUCCUAUGAUGGAAUGGCGAUUGCAUAUGCUGUGCUUGAGCAUUUGGCGACGCAUGUUGGAUGUAUGGGAUUCUUCGCUACGCAUUACCAGAAACUCGCUGCGGAUUUCGAGAACCAUCCUGAAGUCACGUUCAAGAACAUGUCUGCAAUCGUGGAUGACGAAGCACGCUCCGUUGUUUUCCUAUACAAACUCGUCGACGGCAUUUGUCCCAAGUCCUACGGAUUUCACUGCGCGUCCGGAGCUGGGGUCCCGAGUGAGAUUGUCGACCGUGCGGAGGAGGCUGCGGAAAGGUUUGAGGAGGAAGCGAGAGCAAAGGCGAUUGAUGCUGGGAAGAGUGAGGAAAAAGCUGUUUCGCUAGCAAUGCAGUCGGAGUUUGCGUGGUUGUGUAAGUUGAGGAAGGAGGAUGUGAAUGACAGCACGCUAAGGGAGCUGAAGGCCGUUCUUGCGUCGUGCAUUGUUGAGUUAUAAGAUAUUCCUACGGCGUCUUUGAUGGGUAGAUUUAUUAUGGCAUAGGUUGGGUGAAUUGAGUGCUCACGGUUGCAAUUGCUGUUGGGU